AUGCCACCAAAAAAGAGUCAGAAAAAGCAGCAGGAACAAGGCAAAAAAAAGGACAAUGUCGAUAAGACGUUUGGUAUGAAAAAUAAGAAUAGGUCCACCAAAGUGCAGAAAUACAUCAAACAAGUGCAUUCUACAGGGUUGGACCCCAAGAAGGAGGAGUUGAAACGUAAGAAAUUAGAGGAAAAAAAGUUGAAGGAAGCUCAAGAAGCUGAGAGAAGGGCUCUUUUCAAUCCUGCCAUUGACCAAAGAGUUCGUGCUGGUGUAGACCCAAAAACCGUUGUUUGUGCUCUUUUCAAGCUGGGAAACUGUAACAAAGGGAAGAACUGUAAGUUUUCUCAUGAUUUGAGUGUCGGAAGAAGAGUGGAGAAGAAAGAUUUGUACCAAGAUGUGAGGAAAGAGAAGGAAGAGGAUACUAUGGAUAACUGGGAUGAAGAGAAAUUAAGAUCUGUUAUCUCUUCAAAACAUGGUAACCCGAAGACAACGACAGAUAAGGUGUGUAAAUUUUUUAUCGAGGCAGUGGAAAAUGGUAAGUAUGGUUGGUUUUGGGUUUGCCCCAAUGAUGGGGACAAGUGUAUGUACAGACAUUCUCUACCUGAAGGGUUUGAAUUGAAGACAAAGGAACAGAAGAGAAUGGAGAGAGAGGCACUUGAGAACCAACCAAAGAUUACUUUGGAAGAAUUCAUUGAAACCGAAAGAGAGAAACUGGAUAAGACCAAAUUGACUCCAAUCACGAUGGAAAAUUUCGCCGUGUGGAAGAAGAACCAUAUUAUAGAAAGAAUCAAUGCUGAGAAUAAGUUGAAAGCCAAGAGGAAACUAUCUGGUCGUGAAAUUGUUCAAAAACUAACCUCAGAGAAUAAAAACUUUGAAAUUGACAAUGCUGAUGAUAUGUCACUUGAUUCAACUCAAGGUUCAGCUUGGGAUUUGACAGAAUUCACUGAAGCGCUAAAAGAAGCAGAUCAUGAAAACGACAGUGGAAUUAAAGAUUAUGGUGAUGGUAGUAAUCCAACUUUUGAAAUCAAGUCGUCUAUAACUGCGUAG